UCUUCGAUAGACCACAUUAAUCUGUGACGAAGGGUCUCUAGACCUAGGAGAGUGUUGUUUUGAAAAUAACGAUGUGUGAAAAACGUGUUUUAUUCGUUGUACUGAUUUUAACGGUGGCCUUCGAGAAUUACACCGCAGCCCUGCUAGCGCCGGAUUUUAUCCAUCCAUGCAACAAUACAGACUCGUCCUGCUUAAUUCAAGCGACACAGGAUGCCAUACCCGAGUUCUCUAAGGGCCUUCCGCGCCUCGGAGUACCUCCCUUAGAUCCUUUCAUGAUUGAUGAGCUGCCUAUUCAGCUCCCAGGGGUCAAAGUCACGUUUCUUGAAGGAAAAGUUACGGGACUUAGGAAAUGUCAGGUGCUGAAUGUAGAAGCUUACCUGGAAAAAAAUGUAUUUAUACUAGAAAUAAGAUGUAACAUAACAAUCAAAGGAAAGUACACAGCCGUCGGAAGGUUACUACUGUUCCCUAUAAACGGCGAAGGAGAUUCCAAAAUAAAAAUUGUCAACUCGAUCAUAAAACUGAACAUAAAGACGAAGUACUUCAAAGAUGCGGAGGGCCGCGACCACUUCGGUAUAAAAAAUUACAAAUACACGUUUGACUAUGGCGACAGGGUCCAUUAUACCAUCAACAACCUAUUCAAAGGGAACCCGGAAUUGAGUAACACAGUACUACAAUUCCUAAAUGAAAACUGGAGGGUGGUGACUGAAGAAUUUGGACAACCGGUCGUCGAAUACGCCAUGAAUGUUACCAUUGAGACUGCGAAGAAGUUCUUCAACGCCGUUCCGUACGCAGAAUUACUUCAUGUACCUAUACCAAAGUAUUGAUCAAUGAAAGAACAAAUAUUUGUGCCAACCUAUUCUUUAAGGGCUGUGUUGGUUUCUAGAUACAAAUGUUUGGCUUAAUAUUGGACGUUAGACCACGGCACAUUUAAAACACGCUGCAUUGCAUGUUGAGUCCAAGCAAUUUGUAGUAUGUCCUAUGGUAUUACUUUGUAAAAUAACCCUAUACCACGUCGCAUCGACUCUUCUUCUUCU